AUCUGGUAAUAAUCUGCUGCGAAAUUCUGGCCGUCCUUUUCCUAAUUAUACGCAUAUUUUAACGCCAGCUAGCUAGCAAACCUACUACCGUGGACUUGACUUUUGAUUCAGGUCGAUACAAAGGAUCAACCAGAAGCAAACUGCGAGCAAAUUCCUUGAGCUUGCAUUGAUUUGCUAAAGUUCUUCGAAGACGACGAGGGAGAACCCAUUAUACAUCUCUGUGUUACAGGGAAACUUCAUGAAGUCGACAAAGCAGCAGUCUUCCAAUCCAUUUGGCCAUUUUAUUGGUUCAAUUACCUAUGCAACUGAAAACUUCAUGAAGUCGGCAAAGCAGCAGUCUUCCGCUCUAUUUGGCCAUUUUACUGGUUCAACUAACUAUGCUGCUGAAAAUGUCGUGAAGUCAAAAAACCAUAUGUAUUCCAAUCAGUUUGGCCAUUUUACUGGUUCAAAUAGCCACGGAACUGGAAACUUCAUGAAGUCGACAAAGCAACAGUCUUCCAAUCCAUUUGGCCAUUUUAUUGGUUCAAUUACCUAUGCAGCUACUAACUGGGAUUGUUCAUUCAGGGAAACUUCAUGAAGUCGACAAAGCAGCUGUUUUCCAAUCAAUAUGGUCAUUUUACUUCUAAAAAAAAAAAAAAUCGGCAUGCUACUGUAAUUUUUGAUUUUGGUAGUAAAUUUGUUUCGAACAAGUGACAUAAAUGUAUCCGAGAGCUAGUUAUGGAAUGUCGUAUUCAAUUUGGAUUCUUGAAUCAUGUUUAUUUAAUAGACUAGUUCCCCAACAGAUGUGUUGAAGGUGAAAUAACAAAUGUUGUUUUAAUAGUACGGUACUUUUUGACUUGGGGCACAUUUUAUUGCUACUGAUUACGGAUCCAA